GCGACAGAUAUAUUUAUUUAUGAAAAAGAGGAAUAAAUCAAAAUACAAUUCUUGAGAGUUUGUUUGUGAAAUUGAAUUUCAACAUUAUGUUUUUCUUUAAGUAAACGUUGAAUAACUUCAUCCGUUCUACUUACUUAAGUAAAGGUGUAUAAACAAUGUGGUUUUCUCUACCACUUAAUCUAUUGAGUGUUUCAAAAUGUCCGAAAAUGUUGAGUUAAAAAGCUGCUCUAAUAAAACAGAGAACGCGUUCAAUGAAAUUCAAGCGGAUUCUAAAGAAGAUUUUAUUACUUUGUCAGAUUUGAUCCCUACCACUAACUCUGGCGGCUUGUUAUUGGAAGAACCAAGCGACGGUUGUGAAAAAAUAAUUAACGAAAUCGACAUCGAAGUUUGUGAAAAUGUAGAAAUUACCGAUUCGAGCUGGUCUGAACCUUUGCAAGAUAAAUUAAGACGUCAUAAAAAGACUAGUCGUAAUAACAGACCCGACAUGUCAGACUCUUCGUUUUCAGAUGACAAUCUCAAGCAAAAAUCAGAUGUAUCCAUAGAAAUCAAUCCAACUCAAAUUAUAAAACCACGGCGAAAAGCUGAGCUAACAAAGUAUCCCAAAAAUUCAUCUCCUAAGCCUGUUAAAAAGAGGGGAAGAAAAAGGAAAGAUGAUUGUGCUGUACAAAAUAGCACUGAUCAAAAUAUUAAUACUGAAAAUCUAAAGUCUUCCAUUCUUCUGGAGGACUCAUGUCAUGUUGGAAACAGUCCUCUUAUGAUUCCACCUAAAAAGAAAAGGGGCCGUCCAAAGAAAGUAAAGCAGGAAUCGCUGCAAGUUAAUUUAAAUAUAAGUGACAACAGUGAAGUUGAAAGUGUUAAUGUUGUAUCAUCAACCACCAAUGAAAAGGCAUGUUCAGUCAAGUCCAAAAGAGGCAGGAAAAAAAAAGAUUCAGUUGAGAAAGUAACUGUUGAAAAAAUCCCAGAUUUGCAGGAAAUCUCUUCAAUAACUCCAUUAAAUCUUAAAACAAUUGAGUGUAAGAACAAAUAUGAGGAUAAUAAUUAUGUGUGUGAUGGGAAAACAAAUGAACUAGAGAGUACAAGUAAUGUUUGCAAUGAUACAUUGGAUAUUGGUGAUUCAAAAGAUGAUUUAUGUUUUUCAACAAAAAAAUCUGAUAUAGGUGAUGCUGAUGACAUUUGCUUAAGUGAGCUUAAAAAAGGGCUAAGACACACAAAUAAUGAUAAAGAUAUUGAUGAAAGCAAAGAAUAUCUAAAAGAUCAUAAAAAUGAUAUGGAACAGAGUCUAUUAUUUAAUGAUAUAUCAAAAAAACAUGGUAUAGCAGAUGAUCAAAAACAAAAUGAAAUGGAACUAAAAGAACAACCUGUUGAACCUACAACUAUUGACAAUGACCAUAUAUCAAGUAGACCAAAACGUCAUAAAGCCAAGCAAACAUUUAAAUAUGAUGAAGGUUCUGAUGAAGACCCUUUUGCAAAUAUUGAACUUUCAGAUGAUGAACCACAUGGAGGGCGUAGAGGUAAAUUUGAUGAUGAUACUGACUAUGUUCCUGGUAAUAAAAAAAAAUAUCUAUCACAGUCUUCUUCUGGGGAAGAUUUCAAUGAAGAUGAGGUUGAUACAACAAAAAAACAGAAAAAAAGAAAGUAUAAAGUUUUUGAUAAAGAGGGAAACGUUAUUCGAAGUCCGAAGAAAAGAAGAGGUAAAAACAUUGAUCUGCAAUCUGAUGACAACCUUACAAAUCAUAGUGAGAUUUCAGAACUAACAAGUGGUGAUGUUGAAGACACAAUAAAAGGAUCUGUUGUCCAUAAAAGUGAGACAACUCCUGAUUCAACCAAAAUUGAAAAUUAUCUUGCUCAGAAAAUUCAAAGCACUGAAAUAAAGAUAAUGAAAACUUUUCCUUCAAAUAGUAGUAAAACACCCUUUGACAUACCCAUUCUCAAUCCCAAUGAAAUAAAAAAGGGUGUUGAGAUUGGUAUUCAAACAAAUGCUACAUCGAAAGUGUCAGCUAGUUCACAAACUGAUAACAGGGAUGACCUUUCUAUGAAAGAAAAAGUGAAAUUGUCAUCUGAGCAGGCAGUAAAAGCUUGUGAAUUCCUUACUAAUAUAGUUAAAACUACAUCUGAGCUAGGUCAGCUUAUGACACAAAAAUCUGAUGAUUUUAUUAAAAAGAAAAUUAAUACAAAAUAUGUGACUGAUACAUUUACAAUGGAUUACUGUGUCAAAAAGUCUUUUCUUCUUUUUAAACUUGCAAAACAUAAUCUAAUUCAGAUGGAAGAAGACUUAGCAAAUCAGUAUGAAGAAUUUUUAAAAACCAAUGCACUUUUGCAACACAGAGAAGAGAAGAAAAUUGUAAUAGCUAAUGAUAAUGACAGUGAUUGUGAAAUAGUUGAAGUCAUGCAGUCACCUAAACCAAAGUUUAAUCCAAAAACUGUUUUCUUAAACAAAGAACUCUCAAUCAAAAUUGCAAAAAAAGAGGAACCAAAAGCAAAGUUUUCUAAAGCACCAGAAACAGUAAAUAAAAUAAAAGGAAGACAUGCAGUAUGGCUUAAUGAUUCCAUAAUGGUUAAAAAGGUCAAACCUAACCAGUCUUUUUUAGCCCAGGACAGCCGAAAUAAAAAACCUCCUGAUACAUAUAUUACAGUCAAAAUGGUCAAGGAUUUUUUUGACCAAUAUUAUAAAGACAGGAUGUCCUCUAUUUGUCAAUAUUUUGCAUCUCCAGAUUGGUUUUAUACAAAUCAAGAAUAUGUGUGUAGUUACUUUAUUGAUGAUUCUAAAAGUUUCCAGAAUGGCAAAUAUAGUCAGAGUGGCAAUGGAAUUGUUACAGAGCAACAAUCUGGACAAUCUAGUCAAAUAACAGAAGCUGCUCUUAAUACUUGCCUUAAUAUGAAAACAGUUAACGUAAUUUCAAACCCUCAAUCAUUAGUCACAAUGUGUACACAUGUCAUUCAAGCUAAAUUAUUAACUUCUUCUAACUUUCAUGAGACAAGCAAAUGGGAUAUAAAUGACAACAAAAAACAAGUAAAAGAAUGUAUCAGUUCAACAAACAACAAAAUCGAUAAUUUACACAACAUUCAACAUGUUCCAUCUCUAAAAAAUAUUUGUAUCAAAGUAAUUAAUAAUUACUUGCAAGAUAAACCACAUAGAAGUCAAGCUUCAAAUAUUGUAAAUGUCAUAGAUGACAAAUGUGAGUUACAGACUUUAGCAGGCUCCAACAAAUAUACAUUUAGUGAUAGAAGUUUCUUUAAUCCAGAAAAAUUAUCACUUCAGAGUAUUGCAAAGUUAAAUAGUGUUAUUCUAAUGACCAUGUCAACUCCCAUUAUAAAAAUGAAAAUAGUGACUGUUGAUCCCCCAGAGAAACUAUCAACUCUUUGUCUAGAAAUAAUAAAAAAAUGCAUAACUUUAUCAGAAAAUCAGUGUUCUAGUUCAACAACUGCACUAAAGGGCUUAAAUAAAAAAAAGGUCAAUGGUAUAAGCAAAUAUAAAGUUCAAUCAUUGACUCAGAUUUGCUGUAUCUAUUAUAAUAACAUUUUGCAAGAACAAUAUUGUUUAAACCAGAAGUAUAAAGUUAAAACAUUAGCAAAUAUCUGUUUUGAAUAUAUCUCAACAUCACAUGAAGUUUGUAGUGAACCAGCAGAAACUAUGGCUGUCGCAAUAGAUUCUGUGAACACUUUGUCAGACGAAAUGUAUUCAAAUUUAGAAAACUUUACGGAUCCCACAUAUGAUGAUGUAAAUGAUAAUGAUGACUUUGAAUAUGAUAAUGAUAUGGAAUAUGCUGAUACUGCGGAACCAGAAGAAUCUAAUUGGGUUUCCAAAGUACUAAUGCAGGAGCUUCGAUCUUGUGCACUUAAAGAUUCUAAUAAUAUUGAUAGUAAUGAUCAAGAAGAAUUUUGUGAAAGCACUAAAAUUCCACCCACAUCAGUUGUUCACAUAAAAAUAGAACCGCAAGACCUGCCUGACUAUAGUAUGGCUGCGGAGGUUAAGAUAGAGCCUAUGUUUAUGGCAGGGCAUAAUAACAUUUCCUCAAAGGAUAUUUUUCCUAAACAAGAAUCUAUUGAAAGUUCUGAAGUAAUAACAGAAUGUAGGCUACCAGACCUUUCUCUAGAUAGUAGUAAUACAUAUGAUGAGAAUUUGUUUGAAUCUUUUGUUAGGACUAACAAACUUAUUACAGCUUUAGAAAAUAACUAUGAGAUCAAUGACAGUGAAGCAAAUACGGAAGUAUUUAGUCAGAGUUGUCAAAGAGUUCGGAGACAAUAUGACCCUGACUCAGAUGAUGAAACAAAUACAUUGAAUGAUAGCCUGAACUUAUUGAUUCCACACAGUGUAGAACAAGCAAAGCAUACACUUAUGAUGAGUUCAAGUGAUGAAAAUGAGAAAAUAUCUGAAAAAAAGAAAAUUGAUAAACGUAAACCUAAAACCACAAAAAAACAUAAAGUUAAUAAUAAUGUUAAGGACAAAAUUGUUGUUAAUGAAGUUGCAAUUUUGACUAGAAGAAUGAAUAAACGAAUCAAACUGUUGGAAAAGAAAACAGAGUCCUCAGAUUCUGAAAUAGAAGGUGUACCUAAACAGGCACAAAAAGAAAAAGCUAAAGAAGAUAAGACAAAAGUAUUUGAUGAUGCCAUACAAUGUAAUGCUGUAGAUUCAACUGAAACUACUAUAUCUGAAAAAACCGAGCAAUUGGUCAAUAAUAAGAAGCAGAAAAGUUACAAAAGCAACAGGAAUUCACUUAAAAAGAUAGAAAAGAGUCCAGAUUUAGAUUUACAAGUACCUUCAGAACUUUUAGAAUGUGAACCUGAAAUAUCUACAUAUGAUAGUGAAGUUAAUUUAGAAAUGACAAGUAAAGUUAGUUCAUCUGAAAUAGAAAUUCAUGACAAGAAACAAAAUAAUGUUGAAGACGAUGAGAAUAAGAAUCAAGUAUCCCAAACAACAGACUAUAUUGAAAAGGAUGGUUGGAUGUGCUUUAAAAUAAACAAUAGUGAUACGAAGCUAUAUGAAUAUGUAUCAGUCCUCCUAGACAAACUUCCAGAAUCAUUUGUUGAGACAUAUUUUAAGUAUGUAAAUACCAGUGACAAUGAAUGUAGGGAUGAUAAUGAUGAUGAAGUAGACAAGUUAACAAAUUUACACAGCCUUAACCGCAAUUCAACCAAGGAUCAUAACAUUAUAGGACAAGUGAGAAAAAAAGAUAAAUGUAAUAGAAAUUUGGUUCCAAACGUAACUUCAGAUGGUGAUAAAGGGGAUCAACAUUUUUCUGACAAUAAUCAUUUUGCUGAACUCUCUCCAUCAGAAGACGAAAUGGAUUUAGAAAAUAAUAUGCCAUUAGCACCCAUGCCUAGGUCUACAGAGAAUAAUAUCGCAAAAAACUUUCUCAUGGAUGAUAAUGAAAGUGACGAGGAACAGAGUAUAAAAACUGAAAAUGUUGUAAAAAUGGAGCCGGAAGAUGAAACUUUCCUAGAAUUCAAAUUAAAACCUGGACCGAAGUCUGCAAAGCAGGCUCUAAUGAAUUUAGAGAAAAAUAAAUGGGAGCAGGUUACUGUAAAAAAGGAGCUAGAUGAUGAAGCAUCUCAAACAAUUAAAUGGAGACCAGGACCCAAAUCAAAGACAAGAAUAAGUAGUCCGGAGAGUACAAGUGUAAUUCUAACAGCGGAUGUUAGUUUGAAAAAGGAAUUAGAUCAAUUGCACGCACCCAUCGUGAUACAAGAACAUGUGGAUGUCAAACAAAACAAGAGACCAGCUAGAAGUAAUCCGAAAAGCAUUGUGAAGAAAGCGAAGAUGUAUGCCGAACACAAGUCAGAGGAGGACUCCUCGUCGGAAGAAGAAAAGCAAUGGGUUAACACGAAGGAGAAGUUACUAAAACGAAUAGGAAAAAAAACAGAAAGUGCAGAUGUCGAAGAUGCUAAACGCGCGAAGAUCGUGACCGACUUCAUUGAGAAACGUGGUGACAAAACCGAGGUGCGCCAGAGACGAGGGUCCAAGAGAAAAAGAUCAAACAAAAAAUUGCUUGAGCGACGGAAGCAAAUGAAUAUAUUACGCCGAGAGUUGUAUGGAGACAAUCCUCAUACUGGAAAGAGGUCAUCCCAAGCCUAUACAAAAGGUCGGAAGAACAUCAGAAAGGUGAUAGACAAAACAGCACUCUCAAUGGUGACGGUGAUGGCGAACCACGUAGAGUUCGCAAGGAAGAAGCGCCUGAGCUUUAGGCAAGCACAACUGAGAGAACAUUUGGGCUGCGAGGAAGGUGUGAACGUAGUUGUUAUAAACGAUGAACUCUGUCUCGAGUACGAUUUCGAACAGAAUCAACCCAUUGUUACUGUUCAUCCAUUCUUCACUCGAGUCAUGAAGGCGCAUCAGUAUGAAGGAGUGAAGUUCAUGUGGGACGCGUGCUUCGAGAGCGUGUCUAUGGUCACGAAGGGCUUCCAGGGCGGGGGCUGCAUCCUCGCGCACUGCAUGGGUCUGGGCAAGACGCUGCAGGUGCUGGCUCUACUACAUACGGUGCUGACCCAGCCAGCCUUGGGCAUUCGUCGCGUGCUUGUGUGCUGUCCGCUAUCGACCGUACUCAACUGGGUGGACGAGAUACACAAGUGGAUUGGACCUGUCACUGGUGAUAUUAAGCAUAAAGAAACAAGAAGGAAGCUACAGGUGUUUGAACUAUCGAAGCUAAAAAAGACGUACGAGCGUGCAUACCAACUAGAAGACUGGUACAACGGCGGUGGCAUAUUUAUUGUCGGCUACGAACUGUUUCGCAGUCUCACGACUCUGGACCCUAUUAUAGACGACAUAAGGCCCACUAUCGUGAACAAGAUCCGCACGGCGUUGCUCGACCCCGGGCCAGACAUGAUCAUCUGUGAUGAAGGCCAUCUACUGAAGAACGACGCGUCAGUACUGGCGGUCGCUAUGAGCCGAGUUCAGACCAAACGCAGGAUUAUGCUCACUGGAACACCCAUGCAGAAUAAUUUGAGAGAGUAUUACUGUAUGGUCAACUUUGUUAAACCGGAUUUGCUGGGAACGUACGCAGAGUACUCGAACAGGUUUGAAAACCCAAUAAUGAACGGACAGCAUAGAGAUUCUAGAGAGGAAGACAUCAGGCUAAUGAAGGCUCGUACUCACAUCCUUCACAAAGUGCUAGAAGGAUGUCUUCAGAGGCAAGAAGCAUCGGUCCUGUACCCGUACUUGCCUAAGAAAUAUGAAUACACUGUGUUCAUACCGUUGACUCCGUGCCAGAGAUCGAUGUAUCGGCACUAUCUGGAGAAUUACGCGAGACACGCCAAAAACAAUAUCCUGAAAGACUUUCAUUCGCUGCAGAAGAUAUGGACGCAUCCGCAGGUGAUGCACAAUUUCCAAAUGAGAGCACGCGAUGCUGAGAACUCUAAGAUCAAAGCGGAGAAGAUAGAGGAUGACCUCGCGCAUGAGGACAUCACCGCUUCGGAGGACGUGAAGCCAGCGCAGACUGAAGUAUGGUGGCUGCAGUACCUGGAGGGCGGCAACAUGCUCGACUGUCUGGAGAGCUCCAACAAGUUCCACGUUCUCUUUCGACUGCUGGAUGAGUGCAUCGCGCUCGGAGACAAAGUAUUAAUAUUCUCAACGUCUUUGUACACGAUGGACGCCUUAGAGUACUUCCUAAAGCUUAUCAACAAGUGGAGCCUCGGCAAGGAGUACUACCGGCUCGACGGGUCCGUGCCGGCCGAAGUACGCCAGAAGUGGUGUCGCGAGUUCAACGCUGAAACCAACCACAAUACCAAAUUGUUCCUGAUAUCAACGCGCGCCGGAUGUCUCGGCCUCAACAUGACAGCCGCUAACCGCGUCAUCAUCCUGGACACCUCAUGGAACCCGGCGCACGACAUACAGAGCAUCUUCCGCGUCUAUCGCUUCGGCCAGAAGAAGGAUUGCUAUAUCUACAGACUCGUCGCCUUGGGGACAAUGGAGCAGAAAAUAUAUGAGCGGUCUGUGACAAAGACGGCUGUUGCCUGUCGAGUCGUUGACGAGCAGCAAAUAGAUAGGCAUUACAACUCGGCCGAGCUCACCGAACUAUACAGCCUGGACGAGGACGGUUGGGGCGUGCUGGCGGGAGUGGCCGCGGGCGUGCGAGACGCGGCUCUGUUGCGGGUGGCGGCCGGCGGGGCGCUGCACGCGGUGCGGGAGCAUGACUCCUUGUUGCGGGGCUCCGAGCCCGCGCUGCCGGAGCACGAGCGGGCCGAGGCCUGGGACGCGUUCCAGAAGGAGCACGCUAACCCCCAUAUGAACAAUUUUGGCAUUGUUAAAUUAAAAAAACCAAAAAAAGCAGAAAUUAAAUCUUAUAAAGAACCAUCACAACCGAACAAAGAUCUCCAAGAAGAACACAAGAGUAAAACCGAAAUUAAACAAGAAGAGGCACCAUUGAAUCAGGGCGAUGAUAUCGCGAACGAAGCUGUCGUCAAAGAGAUAAUGCAAAUACUAAUAAGUAGAAAAUUCCAUGAAAAUCUGAAGCCGAAAGAAAAGACUGGACUAAUAUCCACGGUGCGGCAAAUGGUUGCUUCCGGUAUGAAUGAAGGUUUCAGUUUCAAUAAUCCUAUCACAGCUGGUAUCGCUAGAGUUCUGAUGCAAGGUGAACAACAGGCUUAUAUACCACCAGCCACUGAUAUUGAGCCUGAUGAUGUUCAAUAUCCAGCUGAUUGUAGUACAUCGAGUAAAACAGAAGAUAUAAAACCAGAAGUAAUUAAUAAAACGCUACAAAAUGAGAGAGGUUCAGGUUCUGGUCGUUCUCGACGAUCAAGAGAUAAUCCUCUCAUGACCGAAUAUGCAUGCGAAAGUGAUGAUGCAAUACUGGAUACAAAUGAUGAUGAAUGGACUAUUAAAUCGAUUAGCCAAUAUCAGGCAAGGAAAUUAAAUAAGACUAUCGAUGAAAAGAAUAAAAAUACGCAUAAGUCAAAAAAUAAAAAACAAAAAAACAAAGCAAAAAAAAAUGAAACACACAUUGAACUAAAAAAUGAGGUCAAAGAGUAUGAUAGCAUUAUACUUAGUGAUGAAGAAGAAGAGUCAUCAUUAGUAACAGAUUCAUUGAACAGUAAAAAUGUUAAUGUGCUGAGUGACAAGGAAGAGGAAUCAUCAAAAUUAAAAGGUUCAUCAAAGAAUAACAAAAAAGAAAAAGCCACAUCAAAAAUAAAAGGUUCAUUUAAUAACAAUAUAAAUGUACUCAGUGAUGAGGAAGGGGAUUCAUCAACGUUAAAAGGUUCAUCAAAGAAUAACAAAAAAGAAAAAGUCACACCAAAAGUAAAAGGUUCAUUUAAUAACGAUAUAAAUGUACUCAGUGAUGAGGAAGACGAACUAUCGAAAUUUCAAGGUCCACAUUGGUGGAGUAACAAAAAUAUAAAUAUACUCAGUGAUCAGGAAGAAGAAUCACAAAAAUUAAAAGAUACUUCAUAUAACGGAAAUAUAAAUGUACUUAGUGACGAGGAUGAGGAAUUAUCAAAAUUAAAAAGACGUCGAUCCAACAGAAAAUUAAAUAUACUCAGUGACGAGGUAAAAAAAUCAUCAACAUUAAAAGAAUCCUUAAAUAAUAUUAAUAUACUCAGUGACGACGAAGAAGAAUCAUCAAUAGACUUAUUAAAACUUAAAAAGCAAAAGGUGGAUUCAGAUGGUCCAUCAUUAUUAAGAAAAAAAACGAAAGACAAAAAGGAACCCGAGAAAGUAGGGAAAGAAAAAAAAGGUAAAUCAUACAAAAUAACGAACAAAAUAGAUAAAGAACAAAAUGAAGAUGUGGUAGUACUGGAGGACGUAUGGUCUGAUUUGAAAAUAAAAUUCAAUAAUAAAGAACAAAGCAAAGAGAAAGAAGAAACUGUUCCAUUGCAUGCUAUGUUCCUAAACAAUCCAAAUUUUAUAAAGCUGGUCGCUCAUAAGUACGUGGAUGGCAAUUCGAUGUUGGACGCUGACGCAGCGCUUCUCGCAGCGCAGUACAGCACACAGAAAGCGCUUAAAGAGAUCGAGUCGACCGGGAGACCUAUCACGAGCGGACCUAUUUAUGAGAUAGCUGUUCAGGCUCUUGGUCUAGAUAUGAUGAAGAAGGUGAACGAAAACUUAAAAUCAGGGAGUAGCGCCAAAGAAAAAAACAUUCAGUCGACGACGGAUUUAUCUUUAAGCAUCCGUGCACCAACUGUCGAAAAACCAAAUAUAAAUUCUUGUCAUAACGAAAGGCCUGAUACUAAGUUGGGUACGCGGGAGAGUACGAUAGUUUCAACUACUACUCCUGCGACUCCACUGUCUAUGAGGCCGGGCGUCGUUCCCGUCGGAAUGAUUAGAAGAACACUCGCUCCCGUAUCGACGAAUUCUAAUAAUAAUGUUGAAGAAUGUAUAUUGCCUGAUGAAGAUGUUCCACUGGGCCCUGUCUUGACACCCAAACUUGAAUUCAAAGCGAAAUCUAACCCAAUUAUACUGCGAUCCGUAACCGCUGGAUGUAAUACAUUACCAACGCAACAGACAAAGCAAAUGCAAAAUGAAAAUAUUACGCCAAUCCGACAAGUUGCAGAGCCACAACUGAAGUGCGUACAAUUGAAAAAACAAAUGUACGAAGUUGACUCUGUAUUCUGUCUUGAUAGCGACGACGACGACGUAUCGAUAUCGGAUAUGCAGGAUGCAACAAAUGACGCAUCUGACACCUCCAAUAACCAAUCAAAAAAUCAUGAUAUUAGCCCACCUCCAGCAACUAAGUAUUUUAAUAUUUCUGCUAGCCAAGAAGCGCUAGCUGCUAAUCCAACACAAAGAUUUUUACCAGCUCAAGAGCAAAUCGUAUCUUCAGCGGCACCUAUCCCAACUAAUAUCCCACCUAUCCCAUUGGGACCUCCAGUCAAAUACGUGACACCUAUAACAACAGUGGCCGAUUCGUCUCAAACUACCACAAGUCAACCAAGCAACCAGACAGAAACAGUCCAACUCAAAAAAACCUACGUAUUACCGCCCUCUGUCCAAAAAAUGCUAGAUCCAACCAAAAAAUACGUUGUAGUAAAGGCUCGCUCGAUAAUUAACUCAAGUACCAGCCCUAUGCCAGAUGGAGUCCAAACUAGCAAUAGUAAACCUUUAAUCCAGAAAGCUAAAGCACCAUCGAUUGUAAUAACAAGUCAAGGAAAACUCCAAUUAGAACCAAUACGUAGUGCACCGAAAACAACCACAGCUCCUAUUCAAGAAACGUUAACAAACGAUUCUAGUAAACUUUUAAUGCAGGAAAGGGCUCCCAUAAGUUCGACUAAAACUGAAUCAAAACCCAGCACUUCAAAUGUUAAGGUAAAAAUGCCUGGAAAUAGCAACACAAGGACAGGGUCAAAGUCUGUAGAUCGUUCAGUAGAGAAGCAAGGUAUAAAAAUUGUUCAACAAGCAAAAUAUACGAAUAAACAGAAAAUACUUAAUAAUACUUUGACGACUGCUACUAAAAAAAAAGUGGUGCCGGAAAAAGAUGAUCCGAUGAACAUUUUUAAGUAUGUAGUUCAGAUUCAGGCCGAGAAUUACGACAACCCAAUCGCAACCCAAUCGAAACCAAACAAUCUCGACACACCGCGACCAAAUAUCUUAGGUAGACCAAAAAGUAUCAAUCCAACUAAAAUAACAAGCACUAUUCCCACGAAAUUAGCACCGCUUUCAGCUAAAACCUCUUCAAAUUUAGAACAGAAAGAUAAGCUAGUCAAAGUUACUAUAGUGACGCCUAAAAACAAGACAGAAGUCAUAAAGUCUCGUAUUCCGGAUUCUAUUGACCUCACGGAUGCGCCAUCAACUAAAAAUGUCAACAAAAGAGUUGUCGAUGUGGCCAGUUCGCCUCGAGCCGGCACCAGCCAACGGAAACCAAACAAGACUGACAAAAAUAAAUUCGCUGCUAUCAACAUGGUUGAUCUUACGCACAACAAAACAAGUGGCGAUAAAAGAUCUUCAACAUUGGUGGAAAAAAAUCCGAGCAAAAAGGUCAAAGCUGAACAACGCAAACCACCACUUACACUAAAAGAUUUCAACUUGGAGGAUUUAGAUGAUAUUAUUGAAUUAGAGUAGUGUUCAAUAUUAUAAUGUCAGAUAUAUGGUCACCCUAGUUGGUUAACUGUUCCUUCCCGCAACCUUUACUAUUGAUCUCUGUUCUUUGGUGGGCCACAAUUCAUUAUAAUAUAUAAUAGGUUGAACUACUAUUGAACAAUGUUUAGCGAUUAUUAAAUAUUAAAAUUUUGAUUCUAUCUAUCUAUAAGAUUUUUUUUUAUUGUGAUACAUUUAUUUUUUGUUUAUUUGAAUUGUUAACGACUGAUUGAGUCUUAUGUUAGAGCUGUAAGCAACUGGAUUUAUUGUGCUAAAUAAGCGUCAUAUUAUUUUUAUUGCUUUAUAUUUUAUUUAGUUAAGGUGAUUAGUACAUAUUAUAUUAAUUGUACGUAGUAGUAUUAAAGUAAGGUAUACAUUAUAUUAUGGAAGUAAUAAUGUAGACGAAAUAAUAUUAUUCCAACAAAUAUUUUCUCUAUCAGAUAGGUAGAGUAUUGUGAAUAUUUUAUGGACGUGUGAUUAUUAUUUUUAAAUUUAAUACUUAAGAGUGUCAAUCAGUGCCGGCAGAGAAAAGAAAUGUGUGUUUUUCGCACUGACAGUAUCCUUUGAGCCACCGUGGGUCGUAUCUAUAACACGCGAUGAUCCUGAGUGCACGGAUGGUAUAUAGCAGCAGGCAGCAACUAUUUUGUUUUGAGUAUUCAUUAUCAUUUCGAAUAUUAUUGAAUAAAUGUCAAUGUUUGUUUAAUUCUAAUGCUUUAUGUAAAUUGAAUUAAAUCUUUAUGAAAAAAAUCGAAGAUUUUAACUAAAUAU